UCCUUAGGGUAAAAAGAACACUUGUUUUGAAGAAGGGCAAGGUGUAGCUUUCAGAGGCACCCGGGAUGAUCUCCCUCCAACCGCAGACGGGGUGGGGAUUUAGGGGGUGGGCAGAGUGGGGGGCAGACGGGGAGGCAGGAGGACCUGUUGUUUUUCCUGUUGUAAGUAAAAAGGAAACAGUGGAAAGUGGAGUGUGCGGGCUGUCAGCAGGCGGGGCGCCCCCACCGCGCCCCGCCUCCCUCCCUCGAGACUCACUCUAGCGCAGCUCCCUCGCUCCAGCGGCCGCCCGGCCGCCGGCCGGAGCCGUCCCAGCCCCUGCCCGCCGCGCCGGGACCGAGAGAUAAGGAGCUUGGAAUCAGGCAAGGGCGGAAUGAAGCUCGUUGAUUCCAAAGCAUCUUUAAUCUGCCAGGCAGAAGGGCCUUUGCUGCUGGUCUUUCUUGGACCAUUCCAGAGAGCACAGCUGGGGUCUGGGAAGUGAAACAGCAGGAUGCCCCCGGGGGUCGACUGCCCCAUGGAAUUCUGGACCAAGGAGGAGAGUCAGAACGUGGCGGUCGACUUUCUGCUGCCCACAGGAGUCUAUCUGAACUUCCCUGUGUCCCGAAAUGCCAACCUCAGCGCCAUCAAGAAGGAACUGUGGCACCGAGCCCAGUAUGAGCCGCUCUUCCACAUGCUCAGCGAUCCCGAGGCCUACGUGUUCACCUGUGUCAACCAGACGGCAGAGCAGCAGGAGCUGGAGGACGAGCAGCGGCGGCUGUGCGACAUCCAGCCUUUCCUGCCGGUGCUGCGCCUGGUGGCCCGCCAGGGUGACAGGGUGAAGAAGCUCGUCAACAGCCAGAUCAGCCUCCUCAUCGGCAAAGGCCUCCACGAGUUUGACUCCUUGAAUGACCCGGAAGUGAAUGACUUUCGCACCAAGAUGCGCCAGUUCUGUGAGGACGCGGCCGCCCACCGGCAGCAGCUGGGCUGGGAGGCCUGGAUGCAGUACAGCUUCCCUCUGCAGCUGGAGCCCUCGGCACGGAGCUGGGGAGCGGGCACCCUGCGGGUCCCCAACCGGGCCCUCCUGGUCAACGUCAAGUUCGAGGGUAGUGAGGACAGCUUCACCUUCCAGGUGUCCACCAAGGAUGAACCCCUGGCACUGAUGGCCUGUGCUCUCCGGAAGAAGGCCACGGUGUUCCGGCAGCCCCUGGUGGAGCAGCCUCAGGACUACACGCUUCAGGUGAACGGAAAGCACGAGUACCUGUACGGCAGCUACCCCCUCUGCCAGUUCCAGUACAUCUGCAGCUGCCUGCACAGCGGGCUGACCCCCCACCUGACCAUGGUGCACUCCUCAUCCAUCCUCGCCAUGAGAGACGAGCAGAGCAACCCCACCUCCCAAGUCCAAAAACCGCGCACUAAACCACCCCCCAUUCCCAUGAAGAAGCCCUCCUCUGUGUCGCUGUGGUCCUUGGAGAAGCCCUUCUCCAUCGACCUGGUCCAGGGCAGCAAAGUGAAUGCGGACGAGCGGAUGAAGCUGGUGGUACAGGCUGGGCUUUUCCACGGCAAUGAGACGCUGUGCAAGACCGUGUCCAGCUCAGAGGUGAGCGUGUGCUCAGAGCCCGUGUGGAAGCAGCGGCUGGAGUUUGACAUCAACGUCUGUGACCUGCCUCGCAUGGCCCGUCUCUGCUUUGCACUUUACGCUGUGAUUGAGAAGGCUAAGAAGGCUCGCUCCACCAAGAAGAAGUCCAAGAAGGCGGACUGCCCCAUCGCCUGGGCCAACCUCAUGCUGUUUGACUACAAGGACCAGCUCAAGACGGGUGAAUGCUGCCUCUACAUGUGGCCGUCUGUCCCAGAUGAGAAGGGGGAGCUGCUGAAUCCUGCGGGAACCGUGCAGAGUAACCCCAACACUGAGAGCGCCGCCGCCCUGGUCAUCUGCCUCCCCGAGGUGGCCUCCCAUCCUGUGUACUACCCUGCCCUGGACAAGAUCCUGGAGCUGGGGCGGCAGGGGGAGCACGGUCACUUCACAGAGGAGGAGCAGCUGCAGCUGCAGGAGAUCCUGGAGCGGCGGGGGUCGGGGGAGCUGUAUGAGCAUGAGAAGGACCUGGUGUGGAAGAUGCGGCACGAGGUGCAGGGGUGCUUCCCGGAGGCCCUGGCCCGGCUGCUGCUGGUCACCAAGUGGAACAAGCACGAGGACGUGGCCCAGGUGCGUGGCGGGGGAGGGGCCGGGCAGGGGGCGGAGCCUGGGCGGACUGCCGCCCGCCUGACUGCCGCCCCGCAGAUGCUCUGCCUGCUGUGCUCGUGGCCCGAGCUGCCUGUCCUGAGCGCCCUGGAGCUGCUGGACUUCAGCUUCCCCGACCGCCACGUGAGCUCCUUUGCCAUCAAGUCCCUGCGCAAACUGACGGACGAUGAGCUUUUCCAGUACCUGCUGCAGCUGGUACAGGUGCUCAAGUACGAGGCCUACCUGGACUGCGAGCUGACCAAGUUCCUGCUCGACCGGGCGCUGGCCAACCGCAAGAUCGGCCACUUCCUCUUCUGGCACCUCCGCUCCGAGAUGCACGUGCCCUCGGUGGCCCUGCGCUUCGGCCUCCUCAUGGAGGCCUACUGCAGGGGCAGCACCCACCACAUGAAGGUGCUGAUGAAGCAGGGGGAUGCGCUGAGCAAACUGAAGGCUCUGAACGACAUCGUGAAAGUGAGCUCCCAGAAGACCGCCAAGCCGCAGACCAAGGAGCUGAUGCACCUGUGCAUGCGCCAGGAGACCUACCUGGAGGCCCUCUCCCACCUGCAGUCCCCGCUCGACCCCAGCACCCUGCUGGCUGAAGUCUGCGUGGAGCAGUGCACCUUCAUGGACUCCAAGAUGAAGCCCCUGUGGGUCGUGUACAGCAACGACGAGGCCGGCGGUGAUGGCGGCGUGGGCAUCAUCUUUAAGAACGGCGAUGACCUCCGCCAGGACAUGCUGACCCUGCAGAUGAUCCAGCUCAUGGAUGUCCUGUGGAAGCAGGAGGGGCUGGACCUGAGAAUGACCCCCUACGGCUGUCUCUCCACUGGGGACCGCACGGGCCUCAUUGAGGUGGUGCUCCACUCAGACACCAUUGCCAACAUCCAGCUGAACAAGAGCAACAUGGCAGCCACGGCCGCCUUCAACAAGGAUGCUCUGCUCAACUGGCUCAAAUCCAAGAACCCUGGGGAAGCCCUGGACCGAGCCAUUGAGGAGUUCACGCUCUCCUGUGCUGGCUACUGUGUGGCCACCUAUGUGCUGGGCAUUGGUGACCGGCACAGUGACAACAUCAUGAUCCGGGAGAAUGGGCAGCUGUUCCACAUUGAUUUUGGCCACUUCCUGGGGAAUUUCAAGACCAAGUUUGGAAUCAACCGUGAGCGGGUCCCAUUCAUCCUCACCUAUGACUUUGUGCAUGUGAUCCAGCAGGGGAAGACGAAUAACAGUGAGAAAUUUGAAAGAUUCCGGGGCUACUGCGAGCGAGCCUACACCAUCCUGCGGCGCCAUGGGCUGCUUUUCCUGCACCUCUUCGCCUUGAUGCGGGCAGCAGGCCUACCUGAGCUCAGCUGCUCCAAAGACAUCCAGUAUCUUAAGGACUCUCUGGCACUGGGAAAAACAGAGGAGGAGGCUCUAAAGCACUUCCGAGUGAAGUUCAACGAAGCCCUGCGGGAGAGCUGGAAAACCAAAGUGAACUGGCUGGCCCACAACGUGUCCAAAGACAACAGGCAGUAGCAGGUCUUGCCGUCAGUCUUGGGAACCAGGCUCCCUCGCUGGCCUUCGAAGCCUAAAAGCCUGACUGCACCCCAUGGGAAAGAACCUACACAAUUGCCUUUUGUUUACACUGGUUAUUUAUUUAUGACUUGAAAUGUUUCAGGAACCAACAGCCAUAAACGGAAGCGCAUCCUCUGUGCAGGGGUGGGUGCUGUCCUGCGGUCCCGUCAGGGCCCUGGGCUCAGAAGGGGAGGCACUGCUUUGAGUGUCUCACCAAGGAUUGUAACCCAUCUUCCAGCUGGUGGGUCCGCACCCAGCAAAGAACAGCCUCCCCACCCGGAAGCCUGUCCUCCUCUCAAGCCCCUGCUGGACUGCACGGGUCUUGGGGCCAGCAGCUCCUGGUGCCCACCAUCCAGACAGGGUGCCUGAGUCCCCGUUCUCCCCUCUGCCCUCGUGCUCCCCGUGACUGAGUCCUGGACAGCUCCCAGGGGACGCCUGGGUAGCUCUACGUUCAGGGAUGCUUGCUUUCCUUUUUUAAAGUGACUCUUGGGUACAGGAAUUCGCUCAUCUCUCUGUUGUAAAGCAAUUUUGUUUGCGGGUAAGAAAAAAACAGCCAAACUACUUAGUGAACCUCUAUGGCUCAGGACAUCAGCCUCAGCCCCAAAGUCUACUAUAUGCUGGUCCUGAAAACACAUUAAAAAGAUUUGAGCUUGACUUAGCUCAUCCUGAUUAUAAGGCUGAGGCAGGUGAUGCUUUGUGCAAUUGUCUGUACUGUGCCUCUUAAGGAAGGAGGUACCCAGGUUCCUCUUCCAGAACUCUCCCCCUUGAGAACCUGCUGUAAUGAGGUACCAGCAUGGGACAGGGCUGUGGUGGGACCUUUUCAAGACAGUACCUACCUUGAAACCAUUCAGGCUUAGCAUUAGGCAGUUGAGGUGCUCUUGAAAUGCAGGUUCCUGGGCCUCUCCCAGUCUUCUAAAAGCCACUCUGGAGAUGGUACUAGGAAUCUGGGCUUUUGGAAGCCCACAGGUGAUCCCCGUCUAUUAGCAGCUGACUGGGGCCCGCCAGGCUACACUGCUGACCUCAGAGGCUUUGCAGGCCCAGCAGAGCCAGAAUAGCUGCCUCUCAAUAACCCAGGUGCCAUCUUUUUUCUUCGUAGCUAGAAGCAGCUGUGAGGCGCUGUCCAGAAGCAGUCGGUGCCACCAACCACACUCUUGUCCCCAGCUGAGCGCUGAAUCCAUUAGCCCCGCCUCACCUGUCUGGAAAUAGGAAAAGCCGAGUGUAUGUCUGUCUGUUAUUUAUUUGCGUGAGUCUGCCUCCCUGCGCGGGCGGCACACUUUGCACAUACACAGCAAUUUCUGGCUUGGGUGCACGGCCUGUGUGCCUGGCAAGAAGAAAUCUUUUCUAUAUUUUUAAAUCAUUUAUUGUUUAUAGGAAAGGCAAGUUCAACAUAACUGAUGCAGGUUGAAGACCAGCACUCUGUGAACCUUGAAAUGAGAGGUAUAAGCAGAUUAAAAGAAAUAAAAGCCU